AUGGAGACGACUAACGAGACCAGGGUGACCGAGUUUGAAUUAGUUGGAUUCCAGGAUCUACAGCAUUUUCACACGCUCCUCUUUGCCUCCUUACUUCUCACUUAUUCACUCAUUCUCCUGGGCAACACGGUCAUCCUGUCCCUCAUUCAGACCAGUCCCCGCUUCCAUGUCCCCAUGUACCACUUUAUUGCCGUGCUGGCUACCCUCGAGAUGUGCUAUACCACCGUCACCAUCCCUAAGAUGUUGGUGGAUCUGCUGCAGAGGAAGAACCACAUCUCUUUUGGGGGUUGCCUGGUGCAAAUCUAUUUCUUCCAUGCCCUGGGCAUCACAGAAGCCUGCUUGCUCACCGUGAUGGCGUAUGACCGCUACUUAGCCAUCUGCACCCCAUUGACCUAUCCGUCCACCAUGACAACCAAGCUCUGCUUGCGGCUAGUGGCCGGGUGCUGCAUUUGUGGCUUUGCAUGCCCUUUGCCUGAAAUCAUCCUGAUUUCCAAACUCCCGUUCUGUGGGCCGAGUCGCAUCAAGCAUAUCUUCUGCGAUUUCCCUCCAUUGUUUCAUCUCCCUUGCGCUGACGUGUCCCGUAUCGUCAUGACAGACUUCAUCAUCCAUUCCUCGGUCAUCCUUGGUCCCGUCUUCCUGAUCGUCCUCUCUUACGUCAAGAUAUUGACCGUCGUAGCCAAAAUCCAGAGCCCUGAAGGCCGCCAGAAGGCCUUUUCUACCUGUGCUUCACAUCUCAUUGUGGUUUUUGCCUUUUUCGGGACAACGGGGUUUAUGUAUGUCCGACUGACUCAAUCCAGCUCCCUACAGUAUGAGAGAGUCAUUGCAGUGAUCUAUGCUGUCCUCACUCCUCUCUUCAACCCAGUUGUCUAUAGCUUGAGAAACAAAGAGAUUCAGGAAGAGAUCAGAAAAAUCACUAAGUGUCCCGGUCUGUCAUUCAGGACAGUCAUGCGGCUCAGAUAG